AUGAAAGCCUCAUCGAUCGAUCGCCAAGCUGAUCAAACUCCUCCAGAGCUCUUGCCAUGGCCCCCAAAAUCCCCAUCUUCUUCUUCCUCCUCGCCCUGGCUGCCGGCGUGCAGGGUGAGACCGGCGGUGUCGGCGGCGGCGGAGGCAACGUGGAGUACAACUGCGUGUACACCGUGUUCGUGAGGACGGGGUCCGCGUGGAAGGGCGGCACGGACUCGACGAUCGGCGUGGAGUUCGCCGGCGCGGACGGGCGCGGCGUGCGGAUCGCCGACCUGGAGCGGUGGGGCGGCCUGAUGGGCGCCGGCCACGACUACUACGAGCGGGGCAACCUGGACGUGUUCAGCGGCCGCGGCCCGUGCCUCCCGGCGGCGCCGUGCUGGAUGAACCUCACCUCCGACGGCGCCGGCGCCCACCACGGGUGGUACUGCAACUACGUCGAGGUGACGGCCACCGGCCCGCACCGCGGGUGCGCGCAGCGGCGGUUCGACGUCGAGCAGUGGCUCGCCACCGACGCCUCGCCGUACCGGCUCACCGCCGUGCGCGACCAGUGCCGGGGCCACGCCGCGGCGUGACGCCACCGCGGUGGCGCGAGCGCACCGCUCGCCGGCGGUGGCUUGGCAAUAGUAAUAACGUAAAUAAAACGGAGAGCUGUUCACGUGUGUAGGCUUACGAAUGGACGCGUGCUCACAGGCGUCGAUCUGUUUGAGUUGGCUCUUGUCUCCGAACUCUGUUCUGCUUGCACUUCCUUUGCUUGGCCUGUGCCCACUGGAUAACCAACAGCAUGAUCAGAAAAAUUACGGCAAUAAACACAAACAAGGAUUGAAAUAA